AUGACAUCCCUAUGGACGGUUUUGGUUCUAUUGAUUGCGGGUGCGAAUAACAUUUCCAGUACAAAAUUUGUUCCCCCGUUAUUUCAGUAUGAUGAUUACGAACAAUGCGUUCGUUUCAACUCGUCAGCUGUUUUCUGUGUUGUGAAUGUCUUACUGGAAACGAAGACAGUCCAUCCUCUGGAUUUGUUCCGAAUCGAGUCUGGAUUCCUACGAAACGAAUUGGAAUGGGGUCUAUGCGUCGAGGAUUGCGAGAAGGAACUGGCUGAAGUUAGCGAGACUGAUCGUCAACAGUUGUACUAUCCGAAGUUUACUAGUAAGCACAGAGUCACGGUUCAGUCCGAUUACUGGGUGAAUGAAUUUGAACCGUAUAAUCAGACCUAUGGAAAACUGUUGAAUUCAUGCGUGAACAAUCGACUGAAACGGGACCACAAUUUCACCCAACUUGGCUAUUCGGAAAUUAUGUAUUGCACCAGUGAAGAGUCGUUGGAAAAACGGAGCGAAGAUUGGCUGACAGUUUCGUUUCUAGCAAUUCUAAUUACAAUCACAUUAGUUACGUUAGGCACCAGUGCUAUAGAUCUGUUCGCUGACUGCUCUCUCAAAGAUAAUUUAAUUGUUACGUCCUUCUCAAUUCAACGAAACUGGAGUCGACUUUUAAAGGAAUCGAAGAGCCAACUUUAUCAAGAUUUCGGAUACAUUGACGGACUUCGAGUAGUGAUCAAUAUCUAUACGUUGAUUGUGCAUUGUACGAUGAUCGGCUUAUUCAUUCCAUUAAAUAAUCCAGAGUUCGUGGAAAAGAGUCUGAAAAAUCCUUUCAUGCUCACUUUCGUCGAGACAGCACCGGUAAGCGUUCAAAGCUUUUUCGUCAUAUCUGGGAUGCUGCUGACAGUUAACUUCCUGAAGGAUAUUGAAAAGAAACCCCAGAUUGAUCCUAAAUACUUCCGAUCAAAAAUAAUAACUCGACUUAUCCGUUUGCUGCCGGUAUACUAUUUCUUUCUCCUGCUGACUCUGGUCGGAGAUGGCCUACCGGGUAUGCAUUUGAGACUCAACGGCUUCAAAGCCAUCUUAUUGGAACAGCGAAUAUGCUGGAGAUAUGGAUGGAAAAAUUUUCUGUUUCUGCAUAAUUUUCCAUCGGAUGAGGAAAUAUGUUUCAUUCAUGGUUGGUAUCUGGGUGCGGAUUUUCAACUAUUUCUCGGAACAUUAGCGUUGCUGGCCCUCAUAUGGAAGUUUCCCCGGAAAGUGAAAGUUUUAUUAUGGACGAUGGCGAUAGUGUCGAUAAUCAUACCGGCAAGUGUGGUUUACUACCAGCAACUGGAACCGGUGAUUCCCGUAAGGUUAAGUGAAUUAAAAUUUGUAUUUUACUACCAAACCUUCUUGAAUAACAUAUACAUAACAAGCUACUGUAACAUUCAUGCAUACGGAGCUGGAAUUAUUGUAGGAUUCCUGUACCACUUUUCGCGGAACGGAAAAUUGAAUCUGGACAACUCAAAGCUUUACAGCCUGAUGAAGAAAGCAUCGGUACCCAUGGCAGUGUUUGGUUUGUUUCCUGCAUAUUUGUACUAUGAAUAUGACAUUCCACGGCCAUCAUGGCUAACUAUGAUACAAUUUGUUUUAUUUCACAACUACGGCAUUGUGGGCGUAUCAUUGUGUCUUAUUUAUUGCAUCCGACAUCCUCCAGGACCAUUUCGUCAAUUUCUUAGUUCACGUGUGAUGACCACUCUCGGAAAGCUUUCAUAUAGCGUAUAUGUGCUGCAUGUUCCAUUGCUACGAUGGAUUCUCAAUUACAUACCAGUGAUGGUGGAUUUUUCUUUCACCAAAACAUUCCUUUUGGUUACCGGAACUGUUAUCGCAUCCUAUUUGCUAGGACUCGUUGUUUACCUUGUUAUUGAGCAGCCGAUUAAUUUACUGCUGAAGCACUGGUUGAUUGACAAAACGGAACACAGUUUUAAGGUGAAAACUGAUGACAACCCAGACACUACUUCGGCUGUCAGCUCAAAUUCUAUUGUGAAACAGAAUGGAAAUGGCGAGCAAUAUGUGAAGAAAGCACUAAAACAUAGAAAGGAAAACGUUUAUCCGCGAGUGAUGUUAUAAAAUUUAAUCGACGACAAAUGUUAGAACAAAGGUUAUUAUUGUAACUUAUAUGAUGUUAUAAAA